AUGGCUCCUCCAACUGAUUGCUUGCUGUUGGAACUUGCUUUCUCCAACUUUUCCUUUCCGCCCAAUCUACGGAUAUCGCCUUCGACCCAGACCCAGACUCAGACUCAGACUCAAGACUUCAACAAGAGGUCGAGGGUCAACUGCCACCGCAUACGUGACGAAUCGUCGAAGCCAGAAUCGAUAGUGACCCAACCGUCGUCCAGACCGCAACCAUUUUCCCGUGGCUCAGUCCCGAUCGACGGGCUCCAGUGGACUCUCUUUCGGCUGGGAUCCGACACCGGCUCCAAUGAAUCAAAUCAUCUGCCAUACCCUUCCGAGACGAUGCAAAGGACUAAACUGACGGACACCCACACCCCCCUUUCAGCCCUUUCAGGCCCCGUUGGUUUGGACCGUGGAGUGCCCGAAGUUCCACUUCUCGGUACUGAUGGAUCCGUGGAAUUAUGGCGCCCGCCAGGUACUGACUGA